CUCGUGCACUGAGUUCUAUUGCAGAACUCACAUAGUUAACAAGAUAGCAGACUGGCACGCCUGCUCGUGCGAUUUCCUAGAUUUUGGAAACUGCGAUCAUGGCGAAGAAUGCCGACGCCACUGCAACGAAUACCACCAUAACGCCUGGAUUAAGAAAAAACUCCAGAAGUCCGGCUAUAACUUCCGAACCCACACGGGAAAAGGAAGCAUAAAAGACGUCAAGAAGUACCAUAGGUACAACUUCAUAAGCAUGCCCGUCAGUGGAUGCCACUGGUGUAAAGUAUACAACAAGAACCCCCAAGUGCUAUGGACAUCGGACGUAGGCUGCACUUCGUUCGUGGCAAUAGGCUUCGCGGGAGAAAGGAGGACGCAGAUACGAUUAAUAUCUGGUACCUGGAUCCGGACGUUUCCGUUACUAACCUUACGACCAACCAGAUAGUAUAUAGUAUAUAGCCGAUACUUAUUAGGGAUACGUAGGAGGAGACAAUCUUUAAAGGGCCGAUGGUUAUUAUUGUAAAGGAAGGUAGUGUUUUUAAUCCGCGGUAUAUAAAAGACGUAAUACUAAUAGCUUACUAAGACGCUAUUAACUUUUUAGGCUAUUAUAUUAAGACUAAUAGUAGUAUAAUAGACGGGAUUAAGGCGGAGAUAAUACUUAUAUAGUAAGUAAUAGUAGAAAG